CUUCUAUUACUAUCAUCAAACACUCGUAACCCUCUCCGCUAAGAUGACCGACUACCACUCUUCCCUCCGCCUCCUGCUCGCCGCUGAUCUCACGUUCCGCCCUCGAAGCACAACCUCCACCUCAUGGCUGCCAACCUCGCCCCUCCUGAUGCCUGCUCCAAGGCCAUGGACCAUCGGCGCCGGCCCUCCAUGGACUUCAAGCACCAGACCAAGAGGGAGGCACAGAUCCAACUGAGUCACGAGCUGGAGCGCCUCCUGCACACCUGCCCACCACACCUGAGGGAGGAGGUGCAGCAGGACUUUGAGGGCUUCGAGAAACUGUUCGCCCGAUUCAUUGCCGACUCUGGCCAGGCGGUGGAGUGGGAGAGAAUACAGCGGCUGGAGGAUGGAACGAUACGCAACUACCAGGAGCUGUCAGCAGUCAGGGGGGAGGCAGCAGCACGGGGGCUGCUGGACCGGCUAGUGGUGGUGAAGCUAAAUGGAGGGCUGGGCACCUCCAUGGGUUGCCAGGGACCCAAGUCAACCAUCCCCGUGCGCUCUGACCUGACCUUCCUUGACCUUACAGUGCAGCAGAUCAAGCACCUGAACCAGCAGUAUGGCAGCGACGUUCCCCUCGUCCUCAUGAACUCCUUCAACACAGACGAAGACACACAGAAGGUCAUCAGGAAGUAUCAGGGCGUGCAGGUGCGGCUCCAUACCUUCAAGCAAUCCCGGUACCCGAGGAUCAACCGCGAGUCUCUCAUGCCACUGCCGAGGACUUGCGGAGCCGAGGAGGAGGACAGUUGGUACCCUCCAGGCCACGGGGACUUCUACAGCACCUUCUACACCUCUGGCCUCCUUGACGAGUUCAUUAAGCAGGGUAAGGAAUACGUCUUCAUAAGCAACAUAGACAACCUGGGGGCCACAGUUGAUCUCGCCAUACUCAACUUCCUGCUGGAGGGCGAGAAGUCAGGCCAGUGCCCCUUCCUGAUGGAGGUCACUGACAAGACGCGAGCUGAUGUCAAGGGUGGCACUCUCAUCAGGUACAAGGAUGAGCUGCGCCUCCUCGAGAUCGCUCAGGUGGCCAAGGAAAAUGUUGACGAGUUCAAGUCUGUCAAGAAGUUCAAGAUCUUCAACACAAACAACCUAUGGAUCAAACUGGAUGCCAUCCGGGAGGUUGUGACCGAGGGCACACUGGAUAUGGAGGUGAUAGUGAACAACAAGACAGUGAAAUCUGGUGUGGGGGUGACCCAACUGGAACAGGCCGUGGGAGCUGCCAUCAAGAACUUCAGAGGAGCAAUGGGCCUCAAUGUCCCCAGGUCCCGUUUUCUGCCGGUGAAGAAAACGGAUGACUUGUUGCUGGUGAUGAGCAACCUGUAUCGGCUGCAGCGGGGCACCCUUAGCAUGUCCCCACUCAGGCAGUUCGACACCACGCCUCUCGUCAAGCUGGGCAACUCACACUUCGGCAAGGUCAAGGACUUUCUGAAGCGGUUUGGCACCAUUCCUGACAUGCUGGAGCUGGACCACCUCUCUGUGUCGGGCGAUGUGACCUUCGGGAGGGGCGUGGUGCUUAAGGGCACCGUCAUCAUCAUUGCCAACCACGGGGACAGAAUCGACAUACCUGCAGGCUCGAUCUUGGAGAAUAAAAUAGUCUCCGGCAACAUGCGAAUCCUGGACCACUAGCCUACAUGUGUGUGUCCGUGUGUGUGUGUGUGUGUAUGAGCUAAGACCAAUGUUGCCAGAUUGUCGUACUCAGCCUCCCGUGUUUGCCGAUUUCCGACCCCAAUAACUGCCUUCAUACAUAGUUAUCGUUAAACUGGUUAAUUAUCGGUGUUUUUUGGCAAUAGCUAUGGCGCAGAAACCGGUAAAUACAAGCCUCUGAGUGCGAUAAUCUGGGAACGGUGGCUAAGACUCCGUUUGUGCAUAUGUGUAGGUAUAGCCUAGUUGUAGUGUACAGAGUCGGAGAUAUCUAUUUGCCCAGCCUUUCUUUUAAUUUGUCAACUCUCUUACAUCCAUUUCUUCCUUUAACCCAUUGACUGCGGAUUUCCUACAAGAAGACCUCACCAAGCUACAGGAAUGGAUCAAAAAGUGGCUGCUACAAUUCAAUGAAGAAAAAUGUAGUCUUGCACCUUGGGAGGGGAUAUCCAGCACACCAAUACCACAUGGGAAACACUCCACUAUCCACCACAGAGGCAGAGAAAGACCUGGGAGUAUAUGAUAUCAGGCUACCAGUGAAAGCCAAAUUCGUUCCAAUCACAGCGGAUGGGUUAACUCAUUGCAAGCAUCUAUGCAUCUGUGUGGGAAGCUGUAUUUCUUGACAUCACCCAUGCAUCUUGUCUUCCUCAGUUCAUCCUUAUGCCCUCUUAAGUUUCUCCUCCUCCUGUUUCAUCUCUUUCUCCUACCUUUCCCAUAUAUCCUAUCCACCUUUCCUCUCCAUCCUUUCUUCUUCUCUUCCUCCUCCUCCUCCUCCUCCUUCUUUAACGUGAUUCUCUUCCUGACUGCACAAUUAAUAGGUCUCUUCUGUCUACCUCUAUCACAUUGUUUAUCAUAUUAUAUAAUGCUAUCAAGUCUCCUCUUUCUCUUCUAAUACUGGUAGAUUCACCUCUUUUAAUCCUCACUUACCUAAACUUGCAUUUUUUGUGUGUGUGUCUAUUUGUCUAUGCGUCCUUCCGUGUGUGUGUGUAUUUACCUAGUUGUGACAUACGGGAAUAGAGCUACGCUCGUGCUGUCCCGUCUCUCUAUCCACUCUUAUCCAACAUUUCCUUAAAAUCAUGAAUAUUUCUUGCACAAACCACCUCCUCCUUCAGUCUAUUCCAUAGCUGUGGAGAGAUGUGAAAAAGUUUAGCUUCCCAAACAGAAGCAUUUUAAUCAUAUACCGGUCCAACCAGCUGAUUUCUGCAUUCUUUCAGUGUAAAACCUGAGACUAUCCGGUCCUAUUGCUUUCCUCUCUUCCAGCUCCUCCAUUAUUUUAUAUAUCUCCUCUUUAGUUAGUAUGACUUCAUCCAUUUUAACAUUUAUCAUAUCAUCUUGUGGUUCAUUGAAUUGUGAUUCUUUUGUAAAAACUUGCUGGAACCUCUUGUUUAGCAGCUCAGUCAUGUCCUUAGGAUCUUCAGUUAUCAUAUUUCCAUCUUUCAGUCUUUCUAUUUUUUCCUUUGGUUUGAUUUUUCCAUUUAUGAUUUUAUAAAACAGCUUAGGUUCUUCCUUGCACUUUUCAACAAUACCCUUUUCAUAUCCUUUCUCUUCUUCUCUCCUUAUUUUCACAUAUUCAUUUCUGGCUAUCUUAAAAUCUUUAUUCCUUUGAUUCUUUUUUUUUUUUUCUAUCUCUUCCACGCUUUGUCUCUUUUUCCUGGGCAUCUGCACAUCUUGCAUUAAACCAAUCAAACUUUCCUCUUUCUUUGGGUUUAUAUAAUGGGACAUAUUUCAUGACUCCUGUUUCAUACGCAUCCAUAGAAAUAUCAUACUUUUCCCGUACCUCAUUUGUUCUCUUUAACUUUUCCCAGUCUAGUUUUUCAUAAUAUUUUUUAAGAUUUUCUAUGUCUGCUUUUCUGUAAUUUAUCCUUUUUCUUUUAUAUGAUUCAAUGUCUUCCUCCUCUGUUUCCAUGUCUAAUAUCAAAUCAUCACUUUUACCCAUGGGACACACACACAUAUCUUAAUUCAUUUAACAAUUGCACUCCCUUCGUCAGCACCAGGUCCAGUCUCGCUGGCUCAUCAUCACUCCUGUAACUUGUGUUCUCAGUGCGUGUGUGUGGGGGGGGGUUAGGUAAAGGUUUGAGGUACACACAGGUAGCUACAUAUGAGAUUAUAAUGACCACAGGUGAGGUGAUGACGUAACUAGUAAUUAGCACCUGUGUGGAGUCUAAUUUGUACUGUGUAGCACCUCUUCUUAUGUGUCUAAGGUGUGUUAGCAAUAAACUAAUCAAACUGG